UGACGAUGAGCAUCGAAAACAGCCAAUGCACAACCUAGAGAAGAAGUGAAGGGCGGAGGCAAAGCGUGCUACAGAAAUAGGUGUAGUCACGGUCUAUGGGUGUAGGUCCAAUGGCCUUCUAGUGUUUAAUACGAAUUUAUGGGAAAGCCGAUUUGUUACGUCGGUAAAUAAACCAACGUGUAACUUUUUUGCCUUUCCGAUUAGAGUUCCAUAAGUAUUUGGCGUGAAGAGGGAUGCCAAUCAUUUCAAUUGGCUAGCUAGCACUUUGCUAGCUAGUUUGCAAGAGUACCGGCUUGAGACUGGGAGCCAUUUUGCCCUGUCUGGCAGAAAAGAGUGAAAUACAUUUAAGAUAAACAUUUUUAGCUAACGUUAGUUAGCGACGUAAUUGGCACAUGUAAGUAAGACGAACGCUAAGAACUUUGGCAAGUCAGGUGUUCUUCCUCGCAGAGUUAGUGAGCCGGCAUCGUCAAAUUAGCGAGCCAUAUUAUAGACGCUAAGGCUAGCUACGGUUCGUUUGGUAGCUAACGUCAGCUAGCUAUCAUCUGGUAUUGUGGGUGAUUCAUUAGCCAUUGUUUGAACAGAACUUGCUGCAAUAAUUCCCCAACAUUAAGCCUGUUAAAUGCCAAAUGGCGAAGAAGACCUACGAUCUGUUGUUCAAACUGCUCCUGAUUGGGGAUUCGGGUGUGGGAAAGACCUGCGUGCUGUUUCGCUUCUCCGACGACGCGUUUAAUACCACCUUCAUUUCCACGAUAGGAAUUGACUUCAAGAUCAAAACCGUUGAAUUACAAGGAAAGAAGAUCAAACUGCAGAUAUGGGACACAGCAGGCCAAGAGCGGUUUCACACCAUCACAACUUCCUACUACAGAGGCGCCAUGGGAAUCAUGCUGGUCUACGAUAUCACAAAUGCAAAGAGCUUUGAAAACAUCAGUAAGUGGCUGAGGAACAUAGAUGAGCAUGCUAACGAAGAUGUGGAGAGAAUGCUGCUCGGCAACAAGUGCGACAUCGAAGACAAGCGGGUCGUACCAAAGACAAAAGGAGAACAGAUUGCAAAAGAACACGGCAUCAGGUUUUUUGAAACAAGUGCAAAAGCGAACAUCAACAUCGAAAAGGCCUUCCUCACGUUAGCAGAAGACAUACUUCGAAAGACGCCGGUGAAAGAGCCCAACAGUGAAAACGUAGAUAUCUGCAGUGCGAGCGGCAUCACCGUGUGGAAGAGCAAAUGUUGCUGAACAACUUCGUCCCUCUCUCUCUUCCUUUCUCCACUUCCCUUUCUACCUCCCCCUCAUUUUUUUUCCAUCCAAGUUUGGAAGUAAACCUUGUCAUCCGUUUUCCCUCAUGCCUCACCUGCCAUCUCUCUGUCCAUUAACUGCCCCCCUUCCCUUCUAUUCUUCCAUUUGCAAUUGCUAGACAAUACUUUUUUUUUUUCUUCCUCAAAACAUGUAUAACUGUAGACAGAAAUCAUGUUAUAUAUUUUUUGCCAUUCAGAACAUUCCAUUCACAGCAUGGGUUUUCAACUGACCACCACAUUUAUUUUUUGUAUAUAUAUAUUUUUUAAUAUCUGCUAAUUUGUUCAAUGUAUUCAGGUUAGUUCAGUGACCGAAUUGCUGCCUUUUUCUUUUCUUUUUUUUUUUGUUUCUUUCUUUCCAAGCGGUGCUCCUGGGAGUUGUAGUCCAUUGCAGGCAGCUUCAUAGCUUGCUUCUGCAAGCGCUAGACUAUACCGUUCAGCCCCUUUAUAGUACACUGAGCAGUGUUUAACUCACUGUACUCACCCCCAAUACACCUCAAGAAAAAUAAUGCGAGAAUAAAAUCAUGCAAAUUUAGGAUUUUGUAUAGUGCAGUAGAAUGUCUGUUCUGUACAACUAUGUCAUUUGCAGUUUGUAUACAAACGUUACGAAAUGUGUUGCAUAGGUUUAGUGAUAAGUUUUCAGUGUGGGAUUACAUUUGUCCUGUGCCUUAUGUGGAAUAAGAGGAACAACCUGGGAACAGGGGUGCCACUAAGGUAACUGUGGUACUGGAGAGCCAACAGAUUUUGCUCAAAAUAAAAAAAAGUACUUGACACAACUCUGUAGCCAACUGCUUUAUUUGGUCAGUUAUGUUUCGAGUACCAAUGAAAACCCGCAAGUGGCUCUCCAGAAAUAGUUAGGGGCCCCUUUCUUGGGUGGUGCAUUGAGCGAUAUUAACUCGAAAGAUUAAUAUAAAGUUCUGAAUAAACUAAAAAGGAUUAUUACA